GUACAUCAAAUUUUGCCUUCAUUAAUUCAAAUCAAUUAAACUAUGGCGCCGGGUGGUAAGGAAGAGCUUUGCUCCGAUUAUGUUAUGCUGAAACCAGGAGCAGCUGCUAGCUUCUCUGGUUUCCUGAAGUUCUUGUUCUCAUCCGGUGGGUUGAAAACCGGAGACUUUUUCGAUUCUCCGGCAGAGACCGACACCGGGCGGUUGAGGUUCCGUACCCGGUUCCUCGUUCUCGUCUCCGUUAUCGUUAAAAAUGUUCUCAUUUACUUGAAAGCGCCGUUGGCAUGGUUAGGAUCCAGCUUAGAGAUAUUUCUCAACUAUCCUUCCUUUAACGGUGGUUAUGUCCGCCUCAUUCUCAAUUUUCUUACGGGGAGCAUGGUUAGGCCGGAAACGACGUCGGAGAAUUUCAGAUCAUUUCUGGCAAUCCUGGACAAUAGGGUUGACUUUGACCCCGAUAUCAAGAAUGGCGACAGCCGAUAUACACCACUUUUAUCUAUCAUGGCUGCUAAGCUUUCGUAUGAAAACAAAGACUUUGUUCAAAAAGUAAUCACCAAUAACUGGAAGAUGGAGUUUUUGGAGUUCAAGAAUUUCCAAAGCGGUAAAAAAAACAUUGCCUCUCGCACAAACGCACAGGCGGCCCAGCUGAUUAUAAACAGACAAUGCGGAGGAUAAAUCAACACAAGCCAUCAUGUUACAAGACAAAUCCGACGACCCAAACCUAGUCGUGGUCGCGUUCAGGGGAACAGAGCCGUUCAGCGCUGACGAUUUGCGGACAGAUGCGGACCUUUCCUGGUACAAGAUCGAAGGGGUGGGCAGAAUCCACGCCGGGUUCAUGCGGGCUUUGGGCUUACGGAAGAACAACGUCCGGCCCAACGGGAUAGAAAGAGGCCCAGACAUGUCCGAGCUCGCUUACUACGAAAUACAGGAGAAGUUGAGAGAAAUUAUUUCCGUUAACAAGAAUGCGAAAUUUAUAUUGACGGGCCACAGCUUAGGAGGGGCGUUAUCAAUUUUAUUCGCAGCGGUUCUGGCCAUGGAGGAAGAGGAUGGGCUUUUGGGCCGGCUGGAAGGGAUUUACACUUUUGGGCAGCCCAGAGUGGGGGAUGUGGAGUUUGGAAUGUUCGUGGGGGAGAACCUACUGAGGAAAUAUGGGGUACGUUAUUUUAGGUAUGUUUAUGCUAAUGACAUUGUGCCUAGGGUGCCCUACGAUGAUGAGGCUAACUUCUUUAGGCACUUUGGACCUUGCCUUUACUACAACAGCUUCUACCACGGCAAGGUUCUUGAGGAAGAACCUAACAUGAACUACUUCUCACUGCUGUGGAUGAUCCCUAAGAAGUUUAAUGCUCUUUUUGAGGUGAUGAGAGGAUUUAUGCUUCCUUGGAUAUUAGGGGAAGAUUACAGAGAGGGGUGGGUCUUAAUAAUAUGUAGGAUCAUAGGGAUAAUGUUUACUGGAUUAAUUGACCAUGGGUUUCAAGAUUAUGUUAACCUCAUCCGAUUAGGAACGCCACCUGCAUCACUUCAUUUCCCAGAACCGGCUCAACAGCAGUGUCUAAAAUGUGAUUGAUCUACAAGAUUCAUAGAUAUACUUCCAUCAGAUAUAAUUGAUCUUAACUUGUUCAUGAUCUUAUCGAUAGACGUUGAUCACUUCUUCAGUUCUUCUGCAGCUUCACCUGAACAACACUCAUAUUGUCAAUUUGUAUUAGCCUUUUGGCAUAGGAAGUUCUAAUUUCACUCUCCUUAUGUGAUAUAAGAUUCUUACUUGAAUAGAGUUUGAAAAAGUAGAUUCCACAUUUUAGUAGAUGUAAGCAAGAAAAAACUCAACACAAUCAAUGUUGCUAUUUUCAAAUGUACCAUUCAU